GCGUGGCGGGAGUGCCAGCGCCGCGUCCGUCCGCGCCGCGCGUCCCAUGCGCCGCCACCACGGCCGACCCCGACGCGAUCCCGCUCGUGGCCACCGGCCCACACCUGCAGCCAUGCCGAAACAUGAUGGGGUACAACCAAGGGCAUGGAUACAAUAAGUUGUUCACGCAGGGCUCAGCAGAUUCAAACUACUCCCAGCCAUCGUCGGAACUGUCGCUGGACGAAGACAAGGAGGCGCUGCGCCGCGAGAAGGAAGCGCAGGCACUCUCACAGCUCGACAAGGCCCGGUCGAAGCCGGUCGCGUUCGCGGUUCGCACGAACGUGUCGUACGAUGGCACGGUCGACGACGACUCGCCCGUGCACGGCAGCGCCAUCUCCUUCGAGGUGCGCGACUUCCUGCACAUCAAGGAGAAGUACGACAACAACUGGUGGAUCGGGCGUCUCGUGAAAGAGGGCUGCGACAUCGGCUUCAUCCCGUCCCCGGUGAAGCUUGAAGCGGUGCGAGCCGGCUUACAAGCGCGCGGGCGAUACACGCGGCCCGCGUCCGCCGCGCCGCUCGCCGCGCCGCUCGCCGCGCCGCUCGCGCCGCCGCUGUCCAGCCGAGGUAGCACCCCCCCCACGCCCGGGGAGGAGUCUGACGGGGGGCGGGGCCGCGGCGCGGGCGCACUCCCCGCCGGCAAGGAGAAGCGCAAGCCCUUCUUCAAGAAGCAGGAGACGUGCUCGCCCUACGACGUCGUGCCGUCCAUGCGACCCGUCGUGCUCGUCGGGCCCUCGCUUAAGGGCUACGAAGUCACGGACAUGAUGCAGAAGGCGCUCUUCGAUUUUUUGAAGAGGAAAUUCGAGGGCAGGAUAAUAAUAACGCGCGUGAUGGCUGACAUUUCGCUCGCCAAGCGCUCGCUCCUCAACAACCCGUCGAAGCGAGCCAUCAUGGAGCGAUCCAACUCGCGAUCCACGUGCCUCGCGGAAGUGCAGGCGGAGAUCGAGCGCAUCUUCGACCUGGCGCGCACGCUGCAACUCGUGGUGUUGGACUGCGACACCAUCAACCACCCCAGCCAGCUGGCCAAGACCUCGCUCGCGCCCACCAUAGUCUACUUGAAGAUAUCCAGUCCGAAGGUCCUCCAGCGGCUGAUAAAGUCCCGAGGCAAGGGGCAGACAAAAAACCUGUCGGUGCAGAUGGUAGCAGCCGAGAAGCUGUCGCAGUGUCCCACCGACAUGUUCGACGUCAUCCUAGAUGAGAACCAGCUCGAAGACGCCUGUGACCACAUCGCGGAGUAUCUGGAGGCGUACUGGCGAGCGACGCACCCGCCGGCGCUGGCGCCGUCGCUGCCGCGGCCGCUGCCGCACGCGCACGCGCCGCACCCGCACGCGCCGCACCAAGCGCAGCCUGACCCCCCCGCGCACCCCGGCGGGCCCCGCGAGCGCGCCGACUCCUACGGCUACGAGCGCGAGCGAGGCGGACGGGCGCGGGCGGCGCGGCCCGAGCGGCUGGAGGAGGAGUACUACGCGCGCGACCGCUACGGCCGCUACGGGCGCGAGUACGAGCACUACGCGCACGAGUACCCGGCGCACGAGCCGUGCGAGCGCGACUGCGGCCGCGACUACACGCGCGACGCCUACCGCGACUACCGCGACUACCGCGAGCCGCGCCCGCCGCGCCGCGACCGGGACGACGACCUGGGGCCCUCGCGACGCGCGCUCAACGCGGUCUAAGCCGACCCUGCUAGGGGUGCACUCGACCUCGACCGCCGAGGAUUCCGUCAACUGGGACCGCAAUUAACU